CGAAGCUGUUGCUUGAAAAGUCUUGCUGUGACAUCGUGACAAUCGCUUUCUGAUUGAUAAUACCGCACGUAUGUCAUCGCAUCCUUGGAGUACUCGUUCAUGUGCCUUGGGCUGCUAAUGUAUGUUGAUGCCAAAAAGAACGCCGACCGAUAUUAGCGCGACCUCUUCAUGGCAUCGUGACAAAUUUCAAUUUGUAAUUGAUCACUUUAUGUGCAACACACAUUUUCACCGAAUAAUUUUCAAAAAUUUUUGAACCAAACGACAAAUUUGAACGAUUCAAAUAAUUGAAAAACCAAACAAAAAAAUUGAAUAAAAAAAUUUAUAUGGAAAAAAUUUACUUUUUGGAAUUGUUCAAUUUUCCGACUUUUCCUCAUGAGAGACAUGCAAGUUUUUUAUUUCCAAACCUUUCACGAUCCACAACGAACAACCUCUUAAAAUUUCACCAAUAUUGGUUCAGCCGUUCUCUUAGCGUUACUAACGAACAAACAUUUAUUCGUUUGUAUGAGAAAAAGGGAAGGGCUGUUUUUAGGGAUUAUCCGGCAAUUAUUCGAAUUUUUUUCUCCGCCGAAACCAUCCCUGAACCUCAACGAACAUUUUAAAAAAAGAAUUAUCAAAUUUGGUUCAGUCGUAUGAAAGUUAUGAGCGUACAUACAUUUUGGCGAUUCAUUUUUAUUUAUAUAGAUUUUCACUAUUUUUUCGAAAAAUUAAUAUUAAGGUGUUUCCAAUGUGUUGACGCCGCCCCCGCCCAAUUUCUUUUGCCACGUCUGUAUCGGCAGAGCAAUCUUUUCUUUCCCUCUUUUUCGAAGUUUUUUCGAUGUUUAAUUCGCGCGCAACUAAACUCUAACUAAAAAGUUGCGCGCUCUCUCCUUUUGCGACAUCCUAGCGAUACAGACGUGGUAAGUGUGGUUCCAAUUUGUUUAUAAUUAAAUAUUUGUAUUAUAUGAAACUUUUGGUUUUUUAUUUAAUAUUUGUGGAUACAUUUGCGCCGACCGUUUCCCCACGGCCAACCACAUCAACGGAACGAGCGAGCACCGUGCUCCACCACCCGAAUUGUCAUUGGUCCUUCGAGCCGGAUAACAGGUAACAAGUCGAUUUUUUAUUAAAGUGAAAGUGCAUAAUUUGCCCGCUUUAGCAACUCGCAAGUUACAACCAAACAUAUUUUGGAUUUGGGCUCUGCAAGCUAAAGGCAAUAUAUUGGUUAAUUUGUGCAUGUACAAAAACCAUUGUGCUGUGUGAAGUGGAGACCAAAACUUAUUUUUGGCACUCUACCCACAAAAUAAACGCACAAGAUUGCAGGUAGUAUUGUACUUCAUUUAAGUACAACAACAAAUACACCUGGCAAAUGCACUUAUUUCACUUUGCAAAAAAAAACGCACUCUCUGUUAUUCGAGAAAGAAUUAUAAAUUUCUUGGACGCACAAAAUCGUCUGGAGCGUCAAAAAAUCUCUCUCGGGUUUUUGGUUUUUCUUAUAGUUAAUUUGAGUCUAGUCGCUCAACUCAGCAGCAUAGGAAAAGCAGCAAAGGCCAGGCAGCACAGCAGCCAUCCAAACAAACAAAAAGGUGUAGUGGUGAAAUCGAAAUGGUUCGAAAGUAACCCAGUGAUAAAAGUGAAAGUGAAUAGUGGAUAUAGUAAAUCAAAUAAGUGCUUGUUAAUUUUUAUCUGUAUUUAUACAUAUUUGGAUUUUAAUAAAGUAAUUAAGCACAAAUCAAUUUUGUUGGUGUACAUAGUCAAGGACUAGACGUGCAAGUGCAUUGGGGCGAUUACCCAGCAAGCACAUUCAAAUUAAAAUUGGGAAAAAUACUUUGAGAAAAUAGUUUACUAAAUUGAUUAAUUUUUUUUGUGCUUUCGAAUAUUCACGCUUCACUAAGAAACAACGCACUACUAAUUUAGAGUCUGUCCGUGAUUGGUUUUAUAACUUUUGAACUUUUGCAACAUAUUUGCAAAUAUUUUUAAAUUUCAAUUUCAAGUUUUAGAUCCGAUUUUGUGCAACAUUUUUGCAGUUCCGUUUAAAUUUUUGAAAACAAUGGAAUCAAUUAGAGCCUUUACCACAGCUGCAGACGCUCUACUGGAGUUUGAGGAGUCUUUUACUCCAACAGCAAACAAUCAAAGUGCCUACUCUCUCGAAGUUCAACAAGCUGAACUGAAAUCUCUGUGGGCAGAGGUAAAGUCAGAAUACAAGUUGUGUUUAACAAAAGUGGAUCCUUCUGACACAAGAUCAAUUGACGACAUUAAACUUAAAUAUAAAUACAAGCUGUUACUACGCUUAUGUGUGUUGCGCGGCCUUGAUGGGCGAACACAUGCACAACCUCACGGCGUUCAACCAAAGCCCUACUUCAAAUUCGACAGUUAUUCAACCUGAACGGUUACAACAAACUGUAGAACCCGUGAGGUAUACCAUCAAUCUACCGCCAUGUGAUACCGAAAUAUUUCAUGGCGAUGUUUUACAAUGGCCCUCUUUUAGGGAUCUAUUUGCCGCUAUAUAUGGGAAUAACCCAAGGCUAUCUCCGGUAGAAAAGUUAUUCCAUCUGAACCAAAAAACGCGAGGUGAAGCGAAAGCUAUUGUUUCGAAAGCGCCACUGACGAAUGACGGAUUCGCAUUGGCUUGGAAUAAUUUAUUGUGUAGGUAUGAAAACAAGCGAGUGCUUGUCAAUACACAGUUAAAUUUAUUAUUCAAGCUCCCGCACAUCUCAACAGAAUCUGAGACCGAACUCAGAAAUUUACAACGGGAGAUUAAUAGCUGCAUUUCAGCUUUACAAAUACAUGGCAUCAAUACAGAUAGCUGGGAUGCCAUAUUUACGUAUUUGUGUUCUAUCCGACUCCCGGACUAUACACUAUCGCUUUGGGAACAAUCUCUGGAUUCGGAUUCAGAGAUCCCAAAAUGGGUUGAGUUAGACAAGUUUCUAACCAAACGGGUUAAAACGCUUGAGAGAGUAUCAAACCUCAAAGGCGAGUUGAGUACUCAACCCAAUAUUAAGUCGGCUGAUGGUGAAGGUCGGAUACCAACCUUGCAAUCAAGGAUUGGAUCCAGGCCCAUCAAUUCCCAUCACGCCAAGACAAACAAUACCAGAUGUAAACUGUGCUCAUCUCAAUCGCACAUUUUGAAAACUUGUCAAAGGUUCAUUGAGAUGCAGCCUAACGCACGGUUAAAUGCUGUCAGAAAACUCCACGUCUGCCUAAACUGUUUGUCAGACUCACAUGAAGUAAAAAAUUGUAAAAGUAUGUUCAAUUGCAAUAAAUGUAAACAGAGACAUCACUCUAUGAUUCACCGGGAUCAGAGUGAGGGAAUAGCUCAGAUAUCUGACACUACUGAGAUUUCUACUAAAUCUCAUGUGGCCUCUAUUAAGGCCAAUAUUUCAAAUGUGCCUACCAGUCGAAACAUGCUCUUAGGUACAGCCAUGGUGACCAUAUGUCAUAACGAGAGCACCUUCACUGUCAGAGCCCUGAUUGAUUCGGGAUCUGAAGCCACCUUCGUAAGCAAUAGUCUCCAAAAACGCUUACAUCUGGCAACUAAAAAGGUCAGCGCGCGAGUUUCAGGAUUGAAUAAUACCGUAUCAGGACAAGUUCAAUCGGUAUGCUCGAUCUCAAUUGGCUCGCCCCGUAACAAAGGCUUGAAACUAGAAGCGGAAGCUUUGGUACUGCCAAAAUUGACUGGACUGCUUCCAUCCAGAUCAAUUAACUCUUCAAUUUUAAAAAGGCUACCUAAUAUCCCCUUAGCGGAUAAUAAUUUCCAUACGAGUCAAAAGGUUGACUUGUUGAUUGGAGCUGAUCUUUACCCUAAAAUCAUUCUAAAUGUGGUAAAAUUGAAAAUCUCUGGAUCCCUCGUAGCACAACGUACAGUGUUCGGUUGGAUUAUAACAGGUUCUGUUCCCUCCGAAGAAACCAAGAAACAACAUCAGCAGAAGCACCAGCUACAACGGGAUCAAACUAACGAUGAUGGCGAAACAAAUGAUGCGCCCGGCUCAUCGAAUCACACCGAUACGCAUGGUAGCGUCGGUGUGCCGACACUGCCUGCAGCAGCGCUAUCUCUGUCCGCAACAUCCGUAGGCAGCACACCGCCGAGCAGCGCUGAAGCGACAAAUAUCAACAAUUUCGCUUAUUACACGGGCGCCGCUGAAACGGUGGCAGCAACGGCUGUCACAGCUGCAACGCACCGACAUGCUGACGCAGCAACGCCACCACUACCACCCCCAUCACAAUCGUUGCCGCCAUCAUCAGCUGUGGCGGCCCCAACAGCAACAGCGCACUAUCCACCAUCACACCAGCAGAUGCUGCUACAGCUACAACAACAAUACGAGCAGCGUUAUCAACUGCAAACAGCCUAUUAUCACCAGCAACAGCAGGCGCCGCCGUCGCAAUCGCAGCAAGAAGACCAAUCAGCAACGUGCGUGACGUCACAACAGCCGUCUACACAAUACCAACAUGCGGCGGCCACAACAACAACAGUAAAUCAACAUGCUGCGCGCAGCAACAGACAAGCAACGCAGUCGACAGCCACACACCACACAACGAACACAUCACAAGCAGCAACAACAACACAGCAGCAGCAACCUGCAGCAAUGGCGCACGCGUUGACACAAACCACACAGCAACAACAACAAUCGUGUCAACGGACGUCAGCAGUCACUCAAAGCACUGACCAACGACGUCUCUCCCGCAUACCACAUGCCCAAGAUCGAGCCAGACUCGAGUCGUCUCGCCGACUUCGGCAUGCUGGUAACUUCCUUUCGGAUUGGCGGCAUGGCAAUGAUCGACUGAGACUCGAUUCGUCUCAGCGACAUUGCCCGGACCGUACCAGACUCGAUUCGUCUCGUCGGCCACCCCAUCUGCAAAGAAGACGUGAAAGAGGAAGUGCAGGAGCCAUUUAGUUAAGUUAGUUUUAAGUAAUUUAUUGUAAACUGCAUUUGCAGUAAUACUGCAAGGCGGGGAGAAUGUUGACGCCGCCCCCGCCCAAUUUCUUUUGCCACGUCUGUAUCGGCAGAGCAAUCUUUUCUUCCCCUCUUUUUCGAAGUUUUUUCGAUGUUUAAUUCGCGCGCAACUAAACUCUAACUAAAAAGUUGCGCGCUCUCUCCUUUUGCGACAUCCUAGCGAUACAGACGUGGUAAGUGUGGUUCCAAUUUGUUUAUAAUUAAAUAUUUGUAUUAUAUGAAACUUUUGGUUUUUUAUUUAAUAUUUGUGGAUACAUUUGCGCCGGCCGUUUCCCCACGGCCAACCACAUCAACGGAACGAGCGAGCACCGUGCUCCACCACCCGAAUUAUCACAAUGAGUUUUUAUAUUACAUACAAACAUACAUUACUUAUACAUUUUUAACAGUAUGUAGCUCUUCUUCUUCUUUACUGGCGUAGACACCGCUUACGCGAUUAUAGCCGAGUCAACAAGGAGGAUGGAGUCAUAUGUAGAAGUUCACGCAAGGGAGGAUGGAGUCAUAUGUAGAAGUUCACGCAAGUGAGGAAAGUUCUCUGAUCGCCAUUCACUUGGGAGUGGCCAGAAACGAUUCUUUUACAUAUGACUCAAGCAGCUCACGACUUCCGGUCUUUGACCAAGUAUCCUCUGGGUAGCCAAGAACAUCCGUUUGAAGGCGAGCUAACGUGAGAAGGCGAAAUAUCCCCUACAUAGGGUUGUGCGCUGGGUUUGGGACCCGCCACGUAAAAAAACAAUCCCAGCGAAUAGCAACAACAGUAUGUAGCUACAGUAUAUAAUAUUUUAAGGUAUAUACAAAUGUAUGAAUAUGUAAGUAUAUAUAAAUGAUCAGGAUGAUGAGACCAGUUGAAAUCCGAAUGUCUGUCUGUUCGACCGUCCGUCUGUGCAAGCUGUAUCUUGAAUAAAAAUCGAUAUAUUGUCAUAAAACUUUGCACACAUUUUCCUUGGUAGGACCGGAAACUAGCAGGACAGAACUGGCGGUCAAGCGGCAGAGUUCGCGCGAGGGAGAAACCUCCCUUGUUAAGAAACCGCGAACGGGAAAGGCGCUAGCCUUUAGCGAAAUCGCUAAAGGCGCUGAGCCUAUAGUACUUGGGGUGCUCGACUGCAGUAGGGAGGACGGUAACAUCUCCCAUGAUGAAUGGAAGAGGGUAGCGGCGGCUAUCUCGUCAGUCUUCCUGAGGGUGGUCAAGGAAAACCCGGAGCCACCCCCGAAAUGUGUGAGUGCCGAUUGGCACCAAGGGCUGCACAAGCUCACAAGUUGUGCUGACGAGAGAUCGGCCAUCUAAUAUAUACAAAUGCAGUCUCUCAGGUGGGGGAAGUUUGGAAGGGAGCCAGACUGGAGGCCGUGGCCAAAGAGGAUCUUCCUUUUCGUCCUAGGGCCCGCGUUUGGCUGCCGGCCGAACCUUCCACUCCGAGUGAGAUUAAGGAAAUCCUCAGAUAUUGCAAUCCCUCACUUCCAACGCAGAACUGGAGAGUCUUAAGGCUGGAGAGAACCGAUGAACCGUAUCGGCAAGCGGUGAUAAUGCUAAACACGGAAUCCAUCGGUCCUCUCAGCUCAAAAAAAGGCAGUCAUUAGCUAUGGUUUUGAAAUGGUAGUGCUGAAAGCCAGAGCUGAUGGCGCCCAAGCUGCGGCGGUUGUGGAUAUGACAAAGGGUGCUGACGGUCAAACGACCAUGGAAAUCGAUCCGACAGAGGGCGCUGACGGUCAAAUGAUCGUGGAAGUCGAUCCGAAUCUCUCGGAUGUGGCGAGUACUGAGUGCGGUUCGUCGAUUGGCGACUCUGUCUUCAGCCUCGAACAACUGUUCGAUCAGGUGCGGGCAGAUCACGACUUGGGCGCUGAAAUAGCGCUCCUGGAGGAAAGUCUGAAGGAUGAAAUUCCUCCAGAUUAACCUUCAGCAUGCGACGGCGGCCUCCGCCAAUCUAUUGCUCCGUCUGGAGCAAGACGGAGCUGAUGUCGUCCUGAUCCAGGAACGGCCAAGGAUGCAGGUAGGAACAGAGCCUGUAUGCUGGUAGGGAACGAAUUGACGGUACUUCCUUUACCUAAUUUCAGCGCUGACGUAGUGACAGCGAAACUGGAGUGUGACACCGAAGAUUUCUGGCUUAUCUCCGCGUACUUGCCACACGAUGAUGUGGUGGAGCCACCUCCCUUACUGCUGAGGGGGACCUUAGCCGAAGCGUCUAAGACUGGCACUGGCGUCAUCAUCGGUUCCGACGCUAACUCGCGACACCAGAUCUGGGGAAGCUCGGUUACUAACAAUAAAGGUGAGUCGCUUUUUGAUUUCAUUAUUAGCGAAAAUCUUCGCAUUUGUAAUAGAGGAAACUCUCCUACUUUUGUGACCGUAGGUAGGGAGGAGGUUCUCGACCUCACCCUAACCUCACAAGGGAUGGCCCCGCUGAUCUCGCACUGGAGGGUUCUCGACGAUCACUCCUUUUCAGAUCACAGGUACAUCGAGUUUAGUCUAGUCCGAGAAGGUCCGAAUAGGAAUGCUUUUAGAAACCUUAGGAACACAGAUUGGGAAGGUUACCGCAGAAGGCUUCGGCAAACUCUCCCACGCGCACCGGGGGUGGAGGAGUGGGUUGAAAUCUUUACCUCGGCGUGCAUUGCUGCGCUGGGAACACGUCCUGUCCACUGAAAUCACCAAAGGGCAAAGGGAAACCUCUGUGGUGGACUACGGAGCUCUCAGAUGUCAGGGCGUCAUGUUGACGCUUAUUCAACAAGGCCCGCAGAAGUGGGUUAUCUGAUGACUGGGCUUUGUAUAAAGUAGGACUUUCAAUAUAUAAGUCCGAGUUAAGAAAGGCUAAGAGGACCUCGUGGAAAUGCUUCUGUGAAAAAGUGGAAGGCUGUCACGAGUCUUCUAGAUUCAGGCGUAUUCUCGCAAAAACCCUAGUGUCGCUGGGGUAUCUCAAGGAGGCAAAUGGGAAGUGGGCCCUCAGCAGUGAAGAAACACUUCAGACGCUUCUCGACGCUCACUACCCGAGCAACAUAUCCUCUGAGAGGGGAUCUCUCGGGGUGCAUGGCUAUUGUGCGGCCUUUUUCGGCAUUCUGGAUGAGCGACAUUUGACGUGGGCGAUUAACUCGUUCAAACCAUUCAAGUCCCCGGGACCAGACGGCAUCAUACCAGCGCAGCUGCAACAGGAUAUUAAGGUGUCAUGCAGCUGGUUGUCACCUAACUAUGCGAACUGCAUCAGAUUAGGUUAUAUCCCGGGGCCUGGAGACGAGUCAAGGUUACGUUCAUCCCGAAGGCUGGCAGGGGCUCCUAUGUCACGGCCAAGGAUUUCAGGCCAAUCAGCCUCUCCUCCUUCUUGUUAAAGACUCUUGAGAGACUGAUGGACUGGUAUAUAAGGAAGCGCAUUCUGAGAGACUAUUUGUCAAGAGCACAACAUGCUUAUCGCAAGGGCAGGUCAGUGGAUACUGUCUUGCAUACUAUCGUGUCAUGGCUCAAGGAAGGCAUUCAAGCCAAGGAUUUCGCUGUUGGUACCUUCCUUGAAAUCGAGGGAGCUUUCAACAAUGUCCUGCCUGAGUCAGCAGUAACUGCUCUUGACGGUCUUGGGGUUGAAUCGAACCUCAAGUACCUCAUUCUCAGUCUUCUGUGCGACGGAGUGAUCGAAACAGAAUGGGGCAGCGCGCGUGCGAGGCGAAGUGUGAGUAGGGGAACACCACAAGGUGGGGUUCUCUCUUUUCUUCUAUGGAUCCUAGUUGUUGACGAAUUGCUCAAAAAACUAGAGGAACGCGGCAGUCGGGUGAUUGCCAACGCAGACGAUGUAGCCCUUAUGGCCAAAGGAAAGUUCCUUAGCACCGUGUACGAGUUGACGCAGGGAUAUCUCAGCGUUGUAACAAAGUGGGUCAGCCGAAAAUAUAAAAUCCCGGUGGCACC